GGAAAUGACUCCCUGUGCUUUCUCUGUGUUGAAGAUUGCACUAUGCUUUUCACACAAAGGAACAUUAUUAAAAACUUUUUCUUUUUGGUUUUGUUGGGUUUUUGUUUGUUUUUUGGUUACAUGUGAGCCCUGGAUGCUUGAAAGCAAAUGAAAAGUGUUUAGGAUCUAAUCAAAUUGAUUUAUAUUAUUUGAGGCUUGAAUUAAGUCUAUUCUGUCUUCCACUAUCCCUUCUGUAUAUGUAUGUAUAGCGAUUACUACUACUGUUAGGUUUUAAUGAGUAUCUUACCAUAAAUAUACAUAGCCACUAUUUCAAAAUAUAUUAACAUCCACAAAAUUAGGGCAAUACAAUAUUUCAGCACUCAGAUUUGUUCCUAAAACUUCUUUUUGGCCAUGAUAUCCUAAGCCCAAACUUUAUUCAGCUCUCUUUAAGGGUUGAGUAACAGAUAAUGAUGAUGAAACAAAAUAAACGCAGUGCUAUUUCAGAGUUGUCUAUGUGCCAGCCACAGAGUGAGAAACCCCUAAGUUGUAGUUUCUAGUUAUUUAUAUACAUGUUAGAAUUCUAGUUAUUUAUGCAUAUAUUAUAUAUAUUUGUACAUAUAUUUAUGCAUAUAUACAAAUAACAAACUUUCAUUUGUUAUUUUAGUUGUCUGCCUACAGUUGCUUCCCUAUAUUCAAUGAAUUUAUAUUAAUUACUUGGUUUUGUAGCAUACAAGAAAGAAAAUGAGUGAACUGUAUACCAUAAGGAUUCAAAAUAGCACCUUACUAUUGCCAACAUUGGCAUGGCAAACUUGUGAAGGAAUUCCCUUUGGACUAGGUCCACUAAAAAUGGUGUCCAGGGCUAAGGUGAGUGCCUAAACUGCCUUUUUCCCAGAGGACUAGAUGUUUCCUCAAAACUGGCAAACUACUAUCAACAGUAACCCUCAUCAAGGACUUUGGUAGUAUUUUUAAAUGAUUAGUUUUCUGUGUAUAUUUUAGUGCUUAUAGACCGCAAUUCCAAAUUGACUGCUUUCAGUAUAUCAUUUUACGCGGUUGAUCUAUAAUUCAUUACCUGAGCACACCAGGGGAGGCAGUGUUGUGAACUGUAACUGGUAAGCUACUUGGUGAAACCAGGCUUUGUAUUUUUAAUGUGUUUAAUUAUACUUAAAAUCAAGGAAGGCUUAGGGUUGUGCCUGGUUUUCUUUGAAAAUAUGGAUUUGUUAUCUAAGGGUUGCAGUUGAUGACGUUUUGAUGUCGUAUUAAUAUGUUUGCUGCUGCUACCAAGAGCUUUGUCAAGCAAGUUGGAGAUGGAGGGAGAUUAGUUCCUGUUCCAAGCCUCAGUGAGGCUGACAAAUACCAACCUCUAAGUCUGGUGGUAAAAAAGAAGCGAUGCUUUUUCUUUCCCAGAUAUAAAUUUACUUCAACACCUUUUACACUGAAAGAUAUUCUUCUAGGAGACAGAGAAAUUUCAGCUGGUAUUUCAUCUUAUCAGUUACUGAAUUAUGAAGAUGAAUCAGAUGUUUCACUCUAUGGAAGGCGAGGCAACCAUAUUGUGAAUGAUGUUGGGAUUAAUGUCACUGGAUCAGAUUCUGUUGCAGUGAAAGCUUCAUUUGGUGUGGUGACCAAACAUGAAGUGGAAGUAUCGACAUUACUCAAGGAAAUUACUACACGAAAAAUUAAUUUUGACCACAGCUUGAUACGUCAGACAAAAAGCAGCAGAAAGGCAGUAUUGUGUGUGGUCAUGGAAAGCAUUCGAACCACACGACAGUGCUCGCUGUCUGUGCAUGCUGGAAUUCGUGGGGAAGCCAUGCGGUUUCAUUUUAUGGAUGAACAGAAUCCCAAGGGAAGGGACAAAGCUAUUGUUUUUCCAGCACACACAACCAUAGCUUUCAGUGUUUUUGAACUCUUCGUUUACUUGGAUGGUGCCUUUGACCUUUGUGUCACUUCAGUGUCAAAAGGAGGUUUUGAAAGGGAAGAAACUGCAACGUUUGCGCUGCUCUACAGAUUGAGGAAUAUACUAUUUGAGAGAAACAGAAGAGUGAUGGAUGCCAUUUCUCGUUCACAGCUUUACUUAGAUGAUCUUUUUUCUGACUACUAUGACAAACCUCUAGGCAUGACUGAUAUUUCUCUCAAAGAAGGGACUCAUAUCCGAGUUAACUUACUUAAUCACAACAUUCCAAAAGGACCUUGCAUACUCUGUGGAAUGGGGAACUUCAAAAGGGAGACAGUUUAUGGGUGCUUUCAGUGCUCCGUCGAUGGGCAGAAGUAUGUGAGACUUCAUGCAGUUCCUUGUUUUGAUGUUUGGCACAAGAGGAUGAAAUAAAACAAAAAUAAUGAGCGUACCUUGGUAGUGUUUUAGGUGCACCUGUGCCACACACCUUUCCAAAAUUUUCUAGGUUUGCUUUGAUGAAUUGUGGCAAAGUAAAGAGGGAGAGGAAAGAGAAAUUAACCUGUUUGGGCAUCAUUUUCUUCAUCGAUAAAAGGGAAGAUAAUAGUUUCUAUCCUAUAAAUUGCCAUAAAGGUUAAUAUUGUUUAUGUGAAAAAGGUUUAAAUAUUCAAAACAUAGCGAUUCCUUCAUAAAAUCUGCCAGUUACUUUAGAAGUAUACUUGGGAAUUCAGUCUAUCAUCUUAACUUUACACAGCGAUUUUUCUCAAUAUCAAUUUUAGUUUUAAUUGGCUUUUAAGUCAACAUUUAAGAAUGACAAGAGGUUAAAUGUGGUGACUUUAUGGUGCCUUACCCACUGCCUUAGGUCUGGUAAAAUGAGAAAAAUGUGUUAAUAAUUUAAUGUAAUCCUAAAUAUUUAAUUGCGGUAUCAAAUUAAAAGCACACUGAGCUCA